AUGUCAAAAUCUGUCCGCCAGCACACUCAUCUUCAAACUGCAGCCAAUCUCCUUGGUGUGCGUCACAAAGUGCCCAAUCUCGACGACAGCAAGAUCCAUUGCACUCGUGCAGUUCAGUUAUGGCAUUCCCCAGAAGCUGCGGAAGGACAACCAGUAAACCAACAAUCUCUCAAUGAGAAAGUUGAAUUUCGCAUUCCUUUGAAUACUGCUGAUGCGAGUAAAUCUAUGACAUAUGUAGAACAUUUCUACAGGGAAUCUGAUCAUCCGAUGGAUAUGUUCGAUUCCAUAAGGGCCAUGAUGGACCUUCCAAAGGAGUAUGAACACUUAGGCUGGCGAUUGUUGACGACUCGCCGUACGGAUGCGCCACACCGACUUUUAAACUCCCAAGAUAUCACCAGUGCAUUCAAAACUGUGAGGGCGGAGCAAAUGUCUGGACGGAAACUUAAGAAGACAGUUGCAAUUGAAAUACUUAAUACCAUGGCCGUAUUCAAAGGAAAGUCGACAAAACAAGAAGCGCGUUGGUGUUCCGCAGGCGAACAAAACCUGAUAUCCAACGGGCCACUUCUACCAUACAUGAAGGAACUCGAGAACGUCAAGAACAGGUUGCGCUGCUCCGAGCAUCGACUCGGAGACUCGGAGAACACAUUCUGCUGGGUGGAUACAUCACAGCCAAACAUUCCGCAUUAUUCGCUAUGUACCCAAGACCUCCAAGAAUGGGCUAAAUGUCUGGUACAUAUACUUUUAUAUGCCUCCAAGCAACUCUUGGUUACUCCGAUGAAUUUUAGUAUGAUGCUCGAGAGCCAGACAACGCCUGCCUUACUUUACCCAGCACACCCCAUUUUGACGACUUCCGCAAGACACAAGGAAAGCAAUGCAUCGCUUCAGCGUGUGCCCACCGAGCCCAUCUCGCCCAUCAUCCAUACUCAUAUCCAUCUCUCAUCCGUCAAUGAUACACGGGCUUCUAAUGGUACACUCCCCGAACAAGAAGAUAGUAAGUGCCCUACGAUGGCUCCUCAACCACUCAAGAGAACAUUUGCCCUCUAUAUUGAGAGUGAUGAAGAAACCGAUGGUGACGAACCGCAGCAAGAGAUUCACAGUGUCCUUACGAGCAUUCAUUCUCGCUAUCCUGCCAUGGACUUCCUGCAGUAUGAGAAUUCACUCCGAGAGCAUGGCAUAUUGUAUUUGCCGACAGCAGCACAUUUUGGUAGUCAAUUUUAUGUGGAGAAGGUGGGCAUGUCGGAGGGUGCCGCAUUUACAUUUCAUGGUCGCGUUUGUAAAGCUCACAUGAAGGAAGAACGUGCCAGGGCAAGAAGGAAGGUUAAAGGGAAAAGGAAGGCGCGAGUUGAUGACACGGAUAAGGAAAAUCAUAUCUGA